AUGCCCCUCAGGAUCUCCUCCCGUUCAUGUCCAGACGUGAUCGCUAUCGCUUAUCGCUAUCGUGAGAGUCGCCAGGCACUUGACAUUAACCGCCACUCAUCCCCUCAUUCCAUCAGUUGUUAUCCCGACAGCAGGGCAGUGCAGCAUCCAGCUCUUCCUUGUCAAUCCCCCUCCGCUCCCAACACCUCCUUCUCCUUCCCCCUCCGCUCUCAAUCAACCCCUCCACAGUUCAUCAUCCCCCCCCGUCUUUUCUCUCCAUCACUGCUAGCCAACGACUAUGUGGUAGCAGCAUUGAACCCUUCUCUUGUUAAAUGGAUAUUUUCUGUUCUUCCUUUGUCCCCUCCAUCUUUCCGCUUUGUGCUCUCUCCGUCAGCUCCAGAGCAGAGACUACGCGACAGCAGGUCUCUGCAGCACUCAAGCCUUGCUUGUCAUACCCAGCUGUUUGCGCCUUCUUCCCGCCACGCUCUCCCCGCUCCAUCCUCCCCUUGUCUUCCUCUCUCACUUUUUAGCCGGGUUCUGAAGCAUGCAGCUCUUCCUUGUCAAUCCCAUAGCUUGCCUCCUUCUCUUUUCCCCGCCACUCUCACCCCCUCCGACCGGCCCCCUUCUUCUCCCUGCAUCAGUCUUUACUCGCCCGAUCUUCGCACCGCAACAGCACACCUGCAGCAGGCACAGGUGGGUUGGAGCUAUUGCAUCAGUUCCUCCCACACGCCCCGUGCGUCCCGUUCCACCCACCCCUUUCUUGAGCUGCUCGUUGGAAAGGGAUCGGAGGCUAGACAGAAUGCAGCAGUAGACCUGGCAGCGUUGGUCGGCCCUCUUGCUGCCGGCAAGACACUCAACUUCUCUGCCACUUCCUCUUCCUCCGCUGCUACUGGCACUUCUGGUGCAGGUGGUACUGGUGCAGGUGGUACUGGUGCAGGUGGUACUGGUGCAGGUGGUACUGGUGCAGGUGGUACUGGGGCAGGCGUAGCUGCUGUAGGAGGAGUAGUGACCAAGUUCCUGGUGACCGAAUUCGACCUGGCGCUGGAGGUGAUCAACUCCCUGCACCUGCGAGCCAUGCACAUCCACGCCAGCUUGCAUCUGGUGACCGAUACUCUGGUUGCCCCUCUUCCCUAUCCCCCACUGAGAGACGAUAUCCUAGCCAGCGUGGCAGCCUCGCUGGCGGAGAAGUAG